UCCACGGGAGUCGGUGAACUCGCGCGUUACUCCUUACACUUUGGGUAUCAGACGAGAACGAGGGGGUCUCCUUUCGAUAGUUUAAAUUUUCCGCUGAACUUGCACCUUCAUUUAAUAACUGUGCUUUAAAUAAAGUUAUGAUACGUUCCGAAUAAUUUUCUCGGCGAAAGUUCUAACAUUUUUUUUUUUUACGAAAAAAGAAGAAGAAGAGGAAGUGAUCAUUCAAGGCAAGGACCAAAAAAAAAAGAAACUCCCAAGGACGACGUCGAGAGUUCGAGUAUACGAUGAUGACGACGCUAGUCUUCCUGGUUCCCAUAUUGAUUGGGGUAACGACGGGUUCACUUCAGCAAUUACCUGGAAAUCAAUUGUCUAAGCAAAACGAAGAAGCAAUUCCUCUUUCCUCGGGAACUCUGACGGCCGACAAUAAUGAUAAUGACGACGAUAAUGAUAGAAGUGAAAAAAAACCAAAGAAAUAUUUCGGAAAGGAUGUAACGAAGGACAGUGAUAGCUCUCUUUCGUCAUUUUUAAAUCAAUAUCAUAGAAACGAAGGAAAAACAAAAGAAAGCGAGGAAGAAGUUGCGGAUAAACUUUCGAAAAAAGAUAGAAAGCAGAAGGCCAUUUUCUUGAACUAUCCAUUAAUAUCACGGAUACAACAGACUUAUUCAAACUCGCCUGCUUACGACAUCGGUUACAACGACAUUUACGAUCCUAAUAUCGAAGGAAGAGCACCCAGUAAUAUAGGUGGAAAAUAUCAAGAGAGUAAUAUCUUUUACAUCAGACUACCACCGACUCCCUAUAUGUACGUACCAGGUUUAGGAUACAUCUCUCAACCACCAACCUACUCUACUGCCAACCUGAGACCGCAUAUCCCUCAGUCGAGACCACCCAAACCUCAACUUCCAACUUAUCAGAGACCGAAUCCUUUCAUCAAGUUGCCGAUAGACUUCGUGAGCAACGGUAAACCAACUUCCGUCUACCAAUGGCAAAAGAAGAAACCUGUGACCAACGUCAAACUACCAACCGACAGUCCAAUCACCAAUCUCGACGAUCUCAAACCCGGUUUUGUGAAUAACGGCAAGCCAACGACGAUCUAUCAGUGGCACACGAAUCUAAAACCUGGCAAAAGGCCCAACGACUACGUCAAUAAUCUCGACAAGGGACCUUAUCUAUUCAAUGGAAAACCAACCAGUUUGUAUCUUCUUAAAUCGGAUGGUACCAGUUCCGAUCGUCGGCCAAUUCGAUAUUCUGAUUUCGAGAACAAUAAUUCGUAUUAAUUAAAAUAAUGCAAAUACGAUUUCAAUCGCCAAACCUACCGGAGAAACGAAAAAAAUGGAUGCUCGUUAAUAUUAUUAUUAUUAUUAUUAUUAUUAUUAUUAUUAUUAUUAUUAUUAUUAUUCUUAUUAUUAUUAUUAUUAUUAUUAUUAUUAUUAUUAUUAUUAUUAUUAUUAUACGCGAACGGUGAAAAUCUGCUACUAAUUUUACAGCUUGAAGCGCGACUCGUAACGCGUCGUAAUAAUUUAUCGACCAACCCCACUUCUAUUGAGAAGGGAGGAGGCUCGUUCAGUGAUUUAUGUCUCGUCGAUGACCUUGUAAAGGUGCUAGCCAUUACUCCGCUUUCAAAUGGACUACGCGGUUCGGUGUGUACAGUAAACGAGGUGCCAGUAGAGAGUAACGGUAAUGUAAUUAAAGCAGUCCUUUUAAAGGCGGCUUAUUAUGUAGUUUUAUGUACGAACGAUCAAUUAAUGAGUUCUCACGUGACUUCGUUCACGUCCGCUCUUUUUCCUUCACUUUUCUUUCUUUGUCUUCUUAAUAAUCCUAAGCCGUUUUCUAAGAUGUUUUCACUGACGAUGAACACAGCUGACAAUGAAUGAACGAUUUGUAUACGAGAAAUAACACCAUUAUCUAUUUCUAAUGGAUCAAUGUUGUAUGAUUGUAAUCAUAUGUUGUAUGAAUGUAAGUAAUAAUAAGUAUGUAUCUUGUUGUACGAACUACGAUCGCAAACUACUGCAACGUUGGUAGUCAAAAUGUGUAGCUUUUUAAAAACUUUUAAGACUACUAAAUUAUAAUUUUAUGAUAUAGUAAUUAAUUUAAGAAAUUGACCAAGUGAUCUUAAAGUGAACGACUAUUUUAUAUAUGUAAGUUGUAGGUACGACACGAAGUUAUUUAUCAACGAUCAUGCUAUUCUUCUCUAAUCUUUCUAUCUGGUACACAUAUACGUAAAUAUAUAUUUUUGUCGUCUCGUGAUCAUGUAGAAUAUUAAGAGGGACGACGUUGUUGUAGCCAUUUUUGUACGUCUUACCACUUGUUGUAUCUGUUGCUGUAAAUAAAGAGAACAGAAGAAAAAAAGAAAAAGAAAAAAGGAAAAGAAAUAUAUUCGUAGUGUAAAAAGAAAUGGUGU